ACACACACAGAGCACACACAGCACACGGACUCUCUCUCUCUCUCUCUCACUCGAACUCGUAUGUGCGAGUGUGAGAAGUUAAAAGAAAGAAAGAACAAAAUAUAAACAAAAAAGCCACACUAUAUAAAACGCACACCCUUUUUCUUUGCCUUUCUUCCCUCUCCUCUGUCUAAACCACCAAAAGCACCGCCCCCUCAACCCUCCCUCGAUCAAACCCACUCCUCAGCUUACUCCCCACACACACACACACACACACACACUAACACUACUCUCGCCUUCUUCUACUGUACUUUAGUACCUAUAUCUACAUAUACGAGAAUAUACUAUCUAUGUUUCUGUGUCUGUGUAUAUAUUAGUGUAUGUCUGUACAUAAGUAGUUAUCAAAUAAAGGGAAAACUGUGAAUAGGUGUAAAAAUAAAGGGUACAAUGGAGAGGUAUAGUGGGACCCAGGCAAUGGAGGGGGCGGCUACGGCGGAUCCGGUGGCGGAAUGGACGGCCCCGAGUGGGGAAACCGGCCUAGAAGAGCCUAUGUGGCAAUUGGGCCUUGGGGGUGGGCCCGAACCGUACCCGGAAAGGCCCGACCAGGCCGAUUGUAUCUAUUACUUGAGGACUGGUUUAUGUGGUUAUGGCGCUCGCUGUCGGUUCAAUCAUCCCCGUGAUCGUACCGCGGCGAUGGGAGCUAGGGCCACUGCAGGAGAGUAUCCGGAGCGAGUGGGUCAGCCUGUGUGCCAGUUCUACAUGAGGACUGGAAAUUGCAAAUUUGGUGCUUCCUGCAAGUAUCACCAUCCAAGGCAAGGAAGUGGAUCUCAAACACCAGUGAAUCUUAAUUUUUUUGGGUACCCUUUGCGACCGGGUGAAAAGGAAUGCUCAUAUUAUGUGAAAACAGGGCAGUGCAAGUAUGGUGUCACCUGUAAAUAUCAUCAUCCACAGCCAGCCGGUGUUCAAAUGCCAGCACCAGCGCCUGGACCUGGACCUGGACCUCUGCCUGCACCAGCAACUGUACCUGCGCCUGCUAUUUAUCCUCCUGUGCAAUCUCCUUCUGUGCAAUCAUCUCAACAGUAUGGUGUAGUGCCUGGAAACUGGCCAGUUCCAAGGCCUACUCUAUUUCCAGGUUCAUACAUCCCUGGUACAUAUGGUCCUAUGCUGCUUCCCCCAGGAAUGGUUCCUCUUCCGGCUUGGACUUCUUACCCAACACCUGCAAGUCUUGCAGCCACUGCAAGUAAUCAACCUGCUAUGGGAGCUGGCCAUAUUUAUGGAAUAACUCAGUUGUCUCCUUCAGCUCCAGCAUAUACAGGACAGUAUCUAUCCAUUCCACCUGCUGCUGGUCCUUCAGGAAGCAGCCAGAGGGAACAUGCUUUUCCAGAAAGACCUGGCCAACCUGAAUGCCAGUAUUACAUGAAAUAUGGUGACUGUAAGUUUGGGGCUUCUUGUAGAUAUCAUCACCCGCCUGAAUUGAGUGCACAGAAGGCAAAUCCUGUCCUUAGCCCCAUGGGUCUACCUCUACGUCCGGGUGCGGCUGUCUGUUCUCACUAUUUACAAAAUGGGGUAUGCAAAUUUGGGCCUUCGUGCAAGUUUGAUCACCCAAUGGGGACUCUAAGCUAUAGUCCAUCUGCAUCUUCUCUUGCUGAUAUGCCUGUUGCUCCUUAUCCAGUUGGAUCUUCAAUGGGUACUUUGGCUCCAUCAUCCUCCUCAUCAGACUUGAGGCCUGAACUUAUUUCUGGAUCCAGCAAGGAUGCCUUCUCCAGCCGAAUGUCUUCUGUGAGCGCUUCCAGUGGUUCUGUUGGUUCAUUGUUUUCAAAGAGCAGUAUAGUCCCUCAUUCAAGCACUCAGCAGCCUGGACAGGGAACCUCUACUUCAAGCGGCAGCAGUAGUACAGUACAUGGAAGUGAGGUUCGCACGUCAAGCUGAGCAAAGUGAAGCUAAGCAAUUACAAUCUUUUUUUGUGGAUAACUCUCAUGGACCCAGUGAUAUAUUUUUUAUGCAAAUCACUUCCUAGGGGGCUGUUUCUCAUUAGUCAUCAUGGUUCCAUCAAUCAGGUCUAGGAGAUUGUAGCUCUGUUAAUCUGUGUUCAUGUAUCAUUACAUGGCCACCAUUUCCAUUUUCAAUAAGCCAUGCCCACCUCAAAUGAUCCAGCAAUCUUGGUAUAGCUUCAUGCUGGUUCUGAAUAACAAGAAAAUACCCACCUCACAUUUAGAAAUUCUACACCCCAGCCCAAAUUUUGGAGCUUGUUGUCAGUUGUCCCCAUUUAUAUUGGAAUCUUUUUCGGAACGAAAAAGAUCAGUUUCAUAUUAUUCUUCUUUCAAAUUUGACUGCCUUCAUGGCCAUCUUCAAAUUUGGAAACAAGCUUCCAACUUGACUUAGGAAUGAACACCAGUAUCUCCUUGUUACCCCCUUUUUGUAUGGGGCUUUGUUGUGCAAAUUAUCACAUAAGGGAACUGCAAGAAGGCAAUGUAAAACUGCCUUAAUAUGUAUAAAUUAUAUGGUUAUGUUGUGAUAUGAACUGGCUGAACGCUUCUCGAUAAUUUAUCUUCAAUACAUCUGAUAAAUGAAGAUACAUCUUUGACAAUGUAAGAAUUUCUAUUUUCAUUCUUCCUUUGUUUAUGAGGAGAUGGUUGCCUCGUUUGUGCUUGUACUAUAAUUUAUGGUCAACCCUCGGAAAUAAAGCAUCUGGGAUUUGGGUCA